AUGGGCUAUAUACGAAUCGACGAUACAACAAGCGAGUUGCUGUCAGUUGCGAGAAAGCAGCGCGCCUCGUACGACAAACUACGCCAGCACGGUCGCGCGACGAACAAUACCACCGAUCUGAAUGCGGUAACGGCGAGAAGCACGUCCGAACAGCGCGUCGCGCGAAAGCGACGAGUCCGCGAUGGUGAAAAUAAUCGCGGAUCGGCCAACAACGAGCGACGAAAACGAGAACGAUGCAACGAUGAAUCCUCGGCGCGACACGUUUCGUCGUUCAUCGACAACGAGGCAUCUGAGCACGAAGAGGAGGAGGAAGACAACGAGACAUCGCACACGGAUGAGAGUAGCUGCGAGGACGAGACAGACGCUCGUCGUUGCGACGGCGACGACGAUGGGAACAUGCGUUUGCGCGACAAUUGCAAAUCGUUCUCACCAAAUGCGACCACGUCGACCACGCCGACCAUGUAA